GGCUUUACAGCUCAUUCUCAGCAGUGCUGGUGUCACAAAGCCUAUGUGAGAUGAGCCCACAGAUGAGACACAGAAGUCACAAUGCCUACAGGAGACAAGCACGUGACUGAAGCUCAGAUCAGGUGUUGAAUUGUGACCUGGCUGCUAUACCUAAUGACAUCACUCCUCUGUCACCGAGUGGGGCUUUCAUAACACCUGACAAGUAGUCCUCCUACAGCUUGCACUCUCAUCCCUGUUUCUUGCCCAACCAUACUAAGAACAUGAGGAUGCAGUUCACAGAAAAGAACCACAACAGCUUGGUCCUGCAGGCCCUCAACAAGCAGAGAAAGAAUAGUGAGUUCUGCGACGUGGUACUCAGCGUGGACCAGCAGGUCUUCUCUGCCCACCUCAAUGUCUUGGCAGCUGUGUCUACCCACGUGAAGAAUCUGAUCUCAAGCAAUGACAUGAAGAUAGGUGAUGAGCUCUUUAUCAUCAUCGAUGCUAAUUUCCUGAAUCCUACCUUGGUAGAGCAGCUACUGGACUAUUUCUACACUGGUAAGGUGUUGGUGUCUGAGAAGAAUGUGGAGGAGUUGCUGAAGGGGGCUAACUACUUCAGCUCAGAGUCUCUAAGAGCCCACUGCUCUGACUUCCUCCUUAGGUCCCUCAAAAAGAACAACUGCCUGUGCUACCUGUUCCUAGCCAACACUUAUGAGCUGAAAGAGGUGGCAAACAGUGCCUACGCUGGUAUCCGUGAGAACUUCCACUACUGGUCGGGCCCAGAGGGGAUUUCAGACCUCCUGUGCUGUCCCCACCAGAUCUUUGGCAAGCUGCUAAGGGACGAGAACCUCCACGUGCAGAACGAGGACCAAGCCUUUCUUGCUCUGCUCCAGUGGGUGAAACACAAACGGGGAGAAAGAGAUAAGUAUUUCAAAAAGUUCUUCCCCUACAUUCAUUUAACUGGUGUCUCGACCAAGACGCUGCUGGCUGCCAGCCACGAAGUGCUGCUGUUUGAAAGUCACUCUGGCCCCCUGGCCCAGAUGGAGACCAUUUUGAGUGACAGAAAGCAAGAAAGUCCUCAAAGUCUGCUGCUUUUCCAAAGAAAGGGGGCCUUAAUGGACUCAGUGGUGAUUUUAGGAGGCCAGAAAGAGCAUGGUAGAUUCAAUGAUGGGGUUUUUGCUUACAUUAUUGAGGAGAACAUGUGGCUAAAAUUAACGGAGAUGCCGUAUAAAGCAGCCGCUCUCAGUGCAGCUGCAGUAGGGAGGUACAUCUACGUCUCUGGAGGAACAACAGAGCAGAUAUCUGGCUUAAAGACUGCCUGGAGGUAUGAUAUAGAUAACAACUCCUGGACUAAACUGCCUGAUCUGCCCAUAGGUUUGGUCUUCCAUACCAUGGUGACGUGUGGGGGAGUGGUGUACUCUGUAGGAGGCAGCACAGCCCCAAGAAAAUAUGUCUCUAACAUCUACAAGUAUGACGAGAGAAAAGAGAAGUGGACGCUGGCUGGGAAGAUGAGCAUUCCUAUGGAUGCAACUGCAUUGAUCACAAAGGAAGACAAGUCUAUUUUUAUUGUGACGGGAAGAUGCCUGGUCAAUGGGCGUUUCUCCCGAGUAGGGAUAGUGGAUUGUUUUGACACUCAGACAGGAGAAGUGGUACAGUACCUCACCUUUCCCAUUGAAUUCAAUCAUAAACCUUUGUUGUCUUUUCAACAGGACAACAUCCUGAGCAUACAGAGCCACAAACAAAGUCUGAACAUAAACCUGCAGAAGAUUAAAGCCAACAAGUCCACGAACACUGUGCCUCUCUUGCCAGAUAACUAUACUUUGGAUUUGUCUCAUGCAGUAUGCUCUGUUGGUGACAACAAGGUGUUCGUGUGUGGAGGCAUCAUUUGUGCAGGUGAAAAGCGUCCUGAAGAUUAUUCUGUCAAUCCAAAUGCCUACCUGUUAGACCAAAAGACAGGGGAAUGGAAAGUUUUAUCUGAUCCUCCGGAAGCUCUGGAUUGCCCAGCUUGCUGUACAGUUAAACUACCUUGCAAGAUUCUCCGAAAAAUUGUAAUAAGUUAAUUUGGAAAAAACAAAUACAAUUC